AAGUCAGCUGUCAAAACAAAAAUUCUGAAAGCUGCAGUCCUUUGCCGUGAAUGAACGAAAAAUGACGUCCAUCCUCGACCAAUAUGAAAAAGCUAGCAAACAGGCCGGGACGACCGUAUUUAUCAAUACGCUGCUGGAGAACGAGCGGCCCAUGUUCGCCAAGCAGAAAGUCGACUAUCAGCCUAAAUAUCCCGUUCAUCACAUGUGCGCCCAGUCCGGUCGCAUAACGCUCGUUCUGGUCAACAACAACCUCUUGAGAAUAGAUACCCAGUUACCCGACAAUAUUGAUGAGCUUGAUCUCAACAAAAAUCUGACAGCUGGUUACAAAAUACAAAGGUUGUUUGUUGAUCCUACGGGCUGCCACAUCCUAGUAAGUGCCGUGCACAAAGACAGGGAAAGGGACCCAGAACGGGAAGAUAACAAUGCAGAGCUAAUUUACGUUCAUGCUAACUCAGCAAAACCACGGCAGGUGACAAAAACCAAAGGAAAUUUUAUAACAGCAGUUGGAUGGUGCACAUCCAACAUUGGACAAACUACUGGUCCUAUUCUUUUGGGAACUUCUAAGGGCUUCAUCUAUGAAACAGAAAUCAAUCAGAGUGGAAGUGAAAUAUACUGGAAACAAGUCUUCGAUCUCGGACGGGGAACACCUACAAUGAUUACUGGUUUGGAAUACUUUCGGUUGCGUUCAGCAGGAGAAGGCCAAUCCGUCUACGGAGUACUGAUAACUACGAUGACAAAAUUAUACCAAUUCCAAGGCAACCUCAUGAAUCGGAUGGACGACAGACCCUUAUUGCAAUCUAUUUUCCACGCCUAUCUCAAUACCAAAGAAAAAUUCAUCGAAAUUCCGAGUGAAUUCCCCGUGUCCCGCUUGCGGCUUUGUUUUGCCAACGACCAGCCGACUCAAGUUGCUUGGAUGACAGGCAAUGGGGUCCUCUUAGCACAGGUAUCAGACAAGGACGGCGUUCUGAGCCCGCAGCAUCGAAUGAUUCCUUACCCCUUGCCCGACACGUCGUCAGAACCAUCGGAGAUCAGCAAAAAACGCGGGCAUCACAAGUUCCCAUUGGAAGUGGCCCUCACCCCUUUUCAUUUGGCAAUGGUUUUUUACGACCGUCUGCGAAUUGUCUGCACCGUUAAUCAGCAACUUGUUUACGAAGACACUUACGAUCAGAGUUUUGGAGAUCUCCGCGGUUUAACUUGCGAUGGACGGAACAAAAAAAAUCAACAAGGGCCCGUGUUGUGGUCGUUCGCCGACUACGCUCUUUUCCGUUACACAGUCACUGACGAAUCCCGCCACAUUUGGCAGAUGUACAUGGAACAAAAGCAAUUCGACCUAGCGUUGCAAUUUUGUGGGAACAACGCCAGUCAGAGGUCGCAAGUCCUUUUGCACCAGGCUCAUCAUCUUCUCAGUAAACACCAAUACGAGAAAGCAGCCAAACUUUACGCCCAGACUGAAGCUUCCUUUGAAGAAGUAGCUCUCAAAUUUAUGGAAAUCAAGCAAGAAGACGCCCUUCAAGCGUUUUUACUAGAGAAAGCAUCGCGAUUGAAAGGAGAUCAACGGAUGCAACUUUCAAUGCUAGUUCUGUGGCUGCUGGAGCUAAUGCUCCGCAAGCUCGGUUCGCUCAAAGACGCUGGAAUCAAGACGGACAGUCCACAGUAUCAAAGCAGCUGGGACACCCUCAAUCGUUUUACAGAACAAAGGCGUAUCAUGGAAUGCAUCAAAUCAAAUCUUGGAGCCGUGUACAGCUUGCUGUCAAGCCACGGGCUGCACGAUGUAAUACUCCAUUUGGCCGGAAAACUCAAAGAUAGCCAGCGGAUCAUGGAACAACAUUUACUGGACCGCAACUACAAGGAAGCCUUGAGCGUGCUGAUGGAAUCCUCCGAUUCCGAGUUGCUCUACAACGCCUGCCCGGUGUUGCUUCAGGAGCAGCCCAAAGAAACAGUUGAUCUAUUGAUCUACAAAGCUCACAACCUGGAAUUGAGUCGAGUCACGCCCUUACUCUUUGCCGCCUUGUCUGACGGCGAUGCCCGAUUAGCCAAAGAGAUUAUUCGCUUCGUGGAACACUGCGCUUGCCAGCUUAACUGUAAAGAUCGCUCUUUACAUACGUUGCUCUUCUCCUUGUACAUUCGAUACGCUCCGGAUAAAACCUUACCUUACCUCAACGGACAAGGUGAGGAUGUGAAGACGGUUCCCUACGAUGCCCAAUCGGCGUUACGAUUAUGCUUGGCUGCUGACACAAGCCAAUUACAGGCUUGUGUCUUGCUGUAUCGUAUUAUGGGGCUUUAUCAACCGGCCGUAGAAAUGGCUCUCAAAGUGGAUGCGGCGUUGGCGCGUCAGACGGCCGAUAUGCCGGAAGAAAACGAAGAGCUACGCAAGAAGCUAUGGCUCCGCAUUGCCAGACACGUAGUGGAGAAAGAACGUGACAUUCAACGUGCCAUGGCUGUGUUGCAGCAGUGCAACCUGCUCAAAAUAGAGGACGUGCUGCCUUUCUUUCCGGACUUUACCACCAUCGAUUUGUUCAAAGACGCAAUCAGCCAAUCGCUUCAAGAAUACAGCCAUCAUUUGGAUACGCUUAAAGAAGAGAUGGAAGAGGCAACCAAAGCGGCCGACGCUUUGCGUCAUGAGAUUCAAGUUUUUCGACACAAAUCGAUUGUCGUACAGGCAGGAGACCACUGCCAUUUAUGCCGUUCCCCACUUCUAACUAGAUCGGCUUACCUGUUUCCUUGCGGCCAUCGGUUCCACGGUGAUUGUCUUCUGCCUCGAGUCUUAACGACCAUGAGCCAAAUGCGAAGAGAGCGCGUAGCUGAACUCCAAAGAGAGCUGGCCUCCUUGCCUAAUAACGAUGCAGAUUCCUUGUCGCUAGCGUCGUCUUCACUCGGUUCACGUGAGCAAUUGCUGCAGGAUCUGGACGACAUCAUGGCUGCAGAUUGUGUCCUAUGUGGCGAAUCAGUUAUCAGGUUGAUAGAUGCACCGUUCACAGUGGAGGAUGACCUUGAAGCGUUUAACGCAAUUGAUUGAUUCAUGCUUCGUUUUCAUGAUUCGAAAUUCCAGUCAUUUUAUUUUCGCUCUCACGAGGCUUGCAAUGAAGUGUCCAACUUGGUCAGA